AUGCCCUCGGUCACACUGCCUGACACCUCGGGCAAUACGGUAGAUGUUUCAUCGCUCUCAGGAUUGACCAUCCUAUUUUGCUAUCCACGCACUGGCGCGCCCGGAGAGACCAUCACAGACGACUGGAAUGCUAUUCCGGGAGCGAGAGGAUGCACUCCACAAGCAUGCAGCUUCAAAGAUGAGCUUGCCGAGCUGGCGAAGCUCGGCGUGAAGAACGUAUUCGGCUUGUCGACUCAAGACACCCCAUAUCAGACAGAGGCUAAAGAGCGGCUGCACUUACCCUACGACCUCCUUUCGGACAAAGAAUUGGCCUUCGCGGAAGCUCUCAAGUUGCCAACGUUUGAGUGGCAAGGAAAGCAACUGAUCAAGAGACUUGCGCUUGCAGUUGAGGAUGCAAAGAUCAUCCAUGUAUGGUAUCCCGUCUUCCCUCCCGAUUCGAACGCGAAGGAGGUGCUCAAUUGGCUGGCGCUCAGGAAAUAGUACAUGCAAGGUACCAAUUCGCUCAUUUGAAACAAUUGGAUCUCGUCAGGGACGGAUUUGGUUCAGCAUGACUCGGCAUCGCUGCAGCAAUCACAACUUCUCACAAACUUGACUGCAAAGCCGGCCGAGGCUGACAUCCACAAUGAUAGCGAAAUCACUGUUGUACCAGACUGUUGUUGCGCAACGCCGACAACGUGCUCACAUCGCCUUCAACGGCUUCUCCUUUCUUUUUCCGUGCAACGUCCUCCUGUCAAGGUUCUAGCGCGAUAGCUUCUUCCGCGAAGGUUUGCUGGUGCAACGCUAGGUAACACGCUAUCCUGGUCAAACAAGCUUAACCCCAAAAUUGACAAACUCGAGAUCGUGAA